UGUGCCAGCGCUAACGUAACUGUGGUGUUGGUCGGCUGGGGUCUUGUUGUUGAUCGUUGGGACUGGGAGAGGGCUGUCUUCGCCAAAAUAUCGAUUUGUGUCAGCGAUGCAGUACUAGGCCUAUCUAUUCGCUCCUGUCUGCACGGUGAACUGUGCACAGAAGCACAAACAAUAUCAAUGUGAAUGUGAUCUAUGAAUUUCAUUUCGUCGUGACCGAGAUUCUUCAACCAUAUUGGCUGUGAUCUAGAUAUCUAGGCUAGUAAGAUCAAAUCAAGACGACCUGUGAGGUCUCUUGAUCUCACCCAAGGCGCAAAAGCAGCGACAAACGAAAUAAAAAAUGGCCGACGAGGAAAACCACGAACUCCUUGAAAGGGCACGAGCCGUGUCUGCCCAGAUGGACCUUCGCGUAUUCGAGGGCGUGCCCUACUGCCCGUACGAGCGAGUCAACAGCUUUGAGCGCAUGUUCUCCCUCAUCCGAGGGGCGGAGCUUAGGCCCGAUGAUGUCAUAACCACCGGUUUCCUCCGAUCUGGCAACCACUGGGCGUUCGAGAUUCUAAACAUGAUUCUGGGGCAGGGCACCGACUUCUCCAAAAGGAACUUCUUUGAAUUGCAGCUCGAAAUGAUGGGCGAUCGGGUGACGAAGGUUCUUCAGAAAGCCUCUUCCCCCAGAGUGCUGACGUCACACUGCCAGCUUCGUUUUCUUCCGAGGCAAGCGUUUGAGUCUGAGAGGAAGACCAAGAUCGUGUACAUUCUGAGGAACCCUAAAGACGCCAUGGUUUCGCAGUACAAGCUGAUGAACUCCACGCGCAUUAAGAAGUUGGGGUUUUCUGGAAGCUGGGACGAGUUUGUGGAACUUCUAUUACACGAGGGACUUCAGUGGGGUACCUGGUUCGACCACGUCCUCAGCACAGACGCCUUUCUCAAGGAAAACCCUGACUUCCCGUUAUUCAUCCUUCAGUUCGAGAAACUGCGAGAAGACCCGGUCCCGAUCGUCCGUGACCUUUGCCGCUUUCUGGGACAACCCGAGACCCUUGCUGAACAAAUAGCCGAUGCCACGAGGUUCGACAGUAUGAAAAAAGGCACCGAGGACAAGUUUGGUAAAAUGAAGAGUGAUUUUCUGAAAGACGACAGCUCCGGUUUUGUGGUGAAGGGUCAAAUUGGGAGCUGGAGGAACGAGUUCACGGCGGCCCAAAGCGAGAGAUUUGACCGAGUGUUUGAGAAGAGGAUGGCGGGCUGUAGCUUGGCGGACAGGGUCAGAGAGUAUAUAUAAUUUAAAGUGCACGACGUGGCGGAAUCAGGCGUUCGUCAGUUUUUGGGCAUAUGGAGUUAUUGGUACCAUCUUAAAGCUCGUUCAUUUGUCUUGCACUUGGCGAAGAAAAUGCCUCUAUUUAUCUUUAAUAGAAGUCGAUAUAUUUGCGAUUGAAGGAGAUGGGGGCCGUCUGGUGUCAGUGGUAAAAUUAAGGAGAAAAUGGCCACUA